AUCAGCAGCAACCGCAUCACCAGCCCUCAUUUGCGCCGAGUCGUGCGCCGUCCCUUAUCGUGCACCAGCCAUCCCCAACCAGGGGAGCCCCUCCCACUCCCCCCGGCACCACCCCGGGGGCCCCUAUCGGAGGCUAGUCCUCGUGGCUCCAGCCCGGCACUUGCGCUGCCCGGAUCCGUGACGUGCCCCUGCCGCUCCCACCUCAAGCUUAUCAGUCACCCGCCAUGGCGCCCUCGUGGGGUUGUUCGUCUCGCUCACGCCGCGAUUGACUGGGUAGCCUCCGUCUCCGGCCACAGCUGAAAACCCUCGCCACGCCCGCCUCUUCAUCCCAUCCUCCCCUUUGUCCUCUGGUUCUUGCACGACUCCGCGUUCGCUUUCCGACCUCGACUCUGCCAUCGAGUAGGCUUCCCACGAGUACAAUCGGGCGACACCUGCUCUCGCGACGGUCCUCUCUCUUCGCGACAGACCACACCCUCAAGCAUGGCGGACGUACCAGCCGCCCCUCGCAAGGGCUCGCUGCCGGCCGGUGCCAAUGCCGCCGACGACGCCCUCGCCCGCAUGGGCUACAAGUCGGAGCUGCCACGCAGCCUCAGCAUGAUCUCGGUCCUCGGUCUCUCCUUCGCCAUCAUGGCCGUCCCGUAUGGCCUCAGCACCACCUUCUUCUUCUCCCUCAGCAAUGGCGAAUCCGUCACCAUCAUCUGGGGUUGGGUCCUCCUCUCUUUCCUCUCCAUCGCCAUCGCCGCUUCUUUGGCCGAGAUCUGCUCCGUCUACCCCACUGCUGGUGGCGUCUAUUACUGGUCCGCUCUCCUCUCGACUCCGGGCUGGGCGCCGAUCGCCAGUUGGGUCACCGGCUGGCUUACACUUGUUGGAAACUGGACCGUGACCCUCUCCAUCAACUUCGGAGGUGCUCAGCUCAUCUUGAGCGCCAUCUCGCUAUGGAACGAAGAAUUCGUCGCAAACGCAUGGCAGACGGUCCUCAUGUUCUGGGCCGUCACGCUUCUCUGCUACCUGAUCAACGUCUUUGGCCAGAAGCACCUCGACCUCAUCAACCAGGUCUGCAUCUACUGGACUGGCGCGUCCAUUUUCAUCAUCAUGAUUGUCCUGCUCGUCAUGAGCCCUUCUAAGCGUACUGGCGAGUUCGUCUUUGCCCACUACGACGCCUCGGGCUCCGGCUGGCCGUCAGGCUGGUCUUUCUUCGUUGGGUUGCUCCAGCCUGCCUAUGUCCUCACUGGAUAUGGUAUGGUUGCUGCCAUGUGUGAAGAGGUGCAGUCGCCUGAGCGCGAGGUCCCCAAAGCCAUGGUCUUGUCCGUUGUGGCCGCGGGCCUCACUGGUCUGAUCUUCCUCAUCCCCAUCCUGUUUGUGCUCCCGGAGGUCUCCGCGCUUCUCGAGGUGGCCAGCGGCCAACCAAUCGGCCUCAUCUUCAAGACAGCCACCGGCAGUGCUGGCGGCGGCUUUGGUCUGCUCUUCUUGAUCCUCGGCAUCUGGCUUUUUGCGGGUAUCGGCGCCUUGACGGCAUCUAGCCGCUGCACGUAUGCCUUUGCUCGUGAUGGUGCCAUCCCUGGCUCUGGACUUUGGAGCAAGGUCGACAAGCGGUUUGGCCUCCCUCUGUGGGCGCUCACUCUGUCUGCCAUCGUUGACUGUCUCCUUGGACUCAUCUACUUUGGCUCGCCUGCAGCCUUUAGCAGUUUCACCGGUGUGGCCACUAUCUGCCUGUCAACCUCUUACGGCCUCCCCAUCCUGGUUUCCGUCCUGCGCGGCCGGAAGAAGCUGGAGCACGCGACCUUCAGCUUGGGCAAGUUUGGGUUCAUCAUCAACAUCACGACCCUGCUUUGGAUUGUCCUUGCCAUCUUCUUGUUCUGCAUGCCUACCACUAUCACCGAACUCGAUGCCGCGACGAUGAACUACGCCAGUGUGGUUUUUGCAGGAUUCGCCGGCAUCAGUCUAGUCUGGUAUUUCGUAUGGGGACGCAAGCAUUUCUCUGGUCCUGCUGUUCUCAAGACCGAGUUCGCGGAGAACGGCGUCGGUGUUGUCAAGGGACAGCCAGUGGAUGAGGAGGCCGUUGCUCAUGCCAAGGUGGCAUCAGAGGAGAGCAAGACUGAGAAGGCCAUGUGAUGUAUUGCGACAGUCUACAGACAUACUAUCUAAGAAUAAUUGUUGAACUUCUAUAGAACUCACAUCACCGUGAUGGCAAUUUCAUCCCCUGAUUCUACGAAACAAUAAGAAACUUCUUAUGCCUGAGC